AUGGGGCAAUUGGAUCAGAUUCAACUCGAGCUGUUCUAUUAUGCCAAAGUUCGCAAGGUUGCUAAGACAGAAAAGUCCGUGUGUAGUCAGCAUGAUAUAAUGAUUAAGUUAAUAUUGAUUGAUGUUAUGUAUACGAGUUUCCUCACUGCCAAGAGGACAGUGGUGAUUCCAAGACCAAGGAGGAUUUCACUAUGCAAUGAUUAUGAUUGGUCAGAUAUUUUGGGAUGUAAUGUGAGAACCGCUCGACCGUUAAUCAUUUUCGGAAUUCUGGAAAUUUUCAAGAAAUUGUUCUGGAAUACUAGAAAUUGUCACAACCUCAAUGUUGAGGAUGGUGAAUCCUCUCCGCUACUCACUCAUUUAGUAAGCGUUGCCAGAACUGUCACAAUUGCCAUGGUCGAGUACUUUCUGCUCAUUCUGCUAUAUGUCAAUUAUGUCAAUAUCUUAAGGGCUACACACUUGGGCGCCUAGGGUAUAUCAAACUCACCGGACGCAUCAGAGCUGAUGUAAACGAGUUCUGUUAGUAGUCCAGUAAAUUGACCACAACAUUCUCACUUCCUCGAUACUCCCAUUAGAAGAAAAAUCACGCUUCGUAGUACCUUUUAAGUGCAGUUUAGAGCCAUAGAGUCAACGCUGAAAAGAACAUCAGGUCGGGCAAUGGUAAGCGGAUACAGUAAUUGCCGGAAAUAAGGAAUGAGUUACACAAUAAAAAGCAAAAUCAUUUGGGGGCGCUACAUACCAACGCAUUAAAUGUUGUUGCAGACAUGCAAAUAUCGUAGAAUUCACGGACGACAGACUGAGCUGAUUUUACGAGGAAGGUCCUAGAAUAUAUAUAGUCAAUAUUGCUGUCUCAAUUCUGUGGCCGCCGUUCAUUCAUUCUGGCCAUUAAUAUUAUUCGAGGGGGUGAAGAAAACCGAUUUCUAGUAUGUUGACGCUAGUCCUCAC